GCAAAAGAAACGCCUGAGACCCCCAAACUUACCGGACCCUCAAAUCCGCUCAGUCACUGGCACUCAGCCUCGCGCCGAUCGCAGUCUCUCCAGGUUUCUGCUGGUGCGACCUGACCGUCCAUGCGACCGCCGUCUCCGCAGCGCCGUGCCCCUUCCCCAUCUCUUUCCGCCGCGCCCGUCCUCUCUUCCCUUUCUCCCAUCCUUUUCCUUCAUGCCCAUCGCCCGGACUUGUUCUCCAUCCUCCAUCGUCACCCACCCGCAUCUGCCACGUAUCGAGUGCCUCACAUCGCAGGGCAUCCCAGAAACCCGCCGGCAAGCCGCAGCGACCCCUGGGCCCCCGACGCCGGACCCCUAGCAAACGCCUCAACGCAUCGCAAUCGCGGUGUCGUCAUCGAUCGAUCGAGCGACGAAGCGACCAGCAAGCCACCCUUGAUCUGCCGCACCCGAGGGGCCACGCGAUCUGCACCCUCGGCCUGCUCCAUUCCAGCGUCACCGACGUCUAUCCUCGCCCAGCUCGUGCAUCCCUCUCCGCCGACAUGCCCUGGGAACUGUCGCGGCGGCGCAUCUCCCGUGCCGUCAACAGCAAGUUCAUCUUUGGACGCAUUCCGCUGCUCCAUACCAUCAUCUUCUUCAUCGAGAUGGCCCUCGUCGCCCGCCUCACGGCGCGCUUCAACAGCUACUAUGAGGAGCGACCACUCAUGACCAUGAUGGUGACCAACGCCAUCCUCGGAGGCAUCGCCGACACUGUCGCCCAGACCAUCACGUCGAUCCGCGAGCGCGCCGUGCGCAAGCCCGGGGGCGUCACCAAGGACGACCGCUUCGCCAUCGAGAUCCACGAGCUCGACAGCAAGAACCCCUUCAACGACCGCGACCUGAUCCCCGACUCCAAGAUAGGCCUGCCGCCGCCGUUUGACUUUGAGCGCCUCACGCGCUUCAUGGCGUACGGCUUCUGCAUCGCGCCGCUGCAGUUCAAGUGGUUCCGCUUCCUCGAGCGCGCCUUUCCCAUGACCAAGACGAGCGCCUUUGGGCCUGCCAUGAAGCGCGUCGUCUUUGACCAGCUCAUCUACGCGCCCUUUGGCGUGGGGCUCUUUUUUGUCGCCAUGACGGUGGCUGAGGGCGGCGGCCGGCGCGCCGUGAGCCACAAGCUACGCGACAUGUACGUGCCGACGCUCAAGGCCAACUACAUGGUGUGGCCGGCGGUGCAGAUUGUCAACUUUCGCCUCAUGCCCGUGCAGUUUCAGCUUGUGAGAACGCCCUGAUGCCUUUGUUUUUGGGUCGCGAGACGCGCAUGAACUGACUCGACGUAGCCCUUUGUGUCCACUAUUGGCAUCGCCUGGACGGCCUACCUGUCUCUGACCAACGCCUCGGACUAGCGAGCGACGGACGACUAUUCGGCGAGCGGGCGGGCGACGAUGACUGUUGAACGGCGGGCAGUUAAUGAUGUGUCUGCAUUGAGCGGCUGUGGCCGAGUGUGCUCGUCGCGUUUCGUGCAGUGUGCCAUCAGGGUAUUGAUUGUUUGGAAUAGCUUGGGCUGCACCGUAUGGCGUUUGGAGCACGGGUCUCCUUUGCUGCGUCGAUGUGUGUUUCGAGUGUACCUGGGUUUCAUGUGUCUUUUGCAUGGGUAGAUGGGUUCCGAUUUUGAAUACUACUAUGCUUGGCGGCCACGCACGCCCUCAUCCUCUGA